UCGUGCAGAAAAAAGAAAUAUUUCUCCUCAUGGAACUCUAGCUCUGCAAAUUUUUCUUUGUGGCCACCGCCAUUGCUAGACUGUCACCCACCCAAAAGCUCUCUCUCACUCCAUUUGCAUGCUUGCCACGCCCUUUGAUCCGCUAGCUGUCUCCUUCCCUUCCAAUUUUCCUUUUUACUGUGUAACCGUACCCUUUUUCCACUUCUUUCGCCACUGGGUCCUCUAAAAAAGGCCUUCCUAUAUAAGCCCAGACCCCUUAGGCCUUAGAGAGAGAGAGAGAGAGAAGAAACAGAGAUGGAAAACCAGAACAGAGCUGCAUUGGCGACGGAGGCUCCUCUUGCGCCUGUUACUAGGCAGCGGAAGGUUCGGACUGAUUUGGAGACCAAGCUUCCUAAGCCUUAUAUGGCCAGAGCAUUGGCUGCUCCUGAUACAGAGCAUCCAAACGGAACACCAAACCAUUUGCAUCAUGGAUUGAGUGUUUUGCAGCAACAUGUAGCCUUCUUCGACAUGGACGACAAUGGGAUUGUUUAUCCUUGGGAGACUUAUACGGGACUGUGUGCAAUUGGUUUCAACAUGGUUGCAUCUCUGAUAUUGGCCGUCGCUAUCAAUGGAGCUUUGAGUUACCCUACUCUUCCAGGAUGGAUACCUUCUCCUUUUCUCCCAAUAUACAUUGCCAACAUUCACAGAGCCAAGCAUGGAAGUGACUCUGGAACUUACGACACGGAAGGAAGGUAUAUGCCAGUGAACUUUGAGAACAUAUUUAGCAAGUAUGCUCGAACCGUGCCUGAUAAACUCACACCAGGAGAACUUUGGGACAUGACGGAAGGCAACCGAGAGGCGUUUGACUUGUUUGGCUGGAUUGGGAGUAAGUUGGAGUGGGGACUUUUGUACGUUCUCGCUAGGGAUGAGGAAGGUUUCCUGUCGAAAGAGGCGAUAAGGCGCUGCUUUGAUGGGAGUUUGUUCGAAUACUGCGCCAAAAUGCACAAGGGAGCCGAGGGAAAGAUGGGCUGAAUCACCACUGGCUUCCAUGGUGUUUACGAAAAAUAUAAAGGCUUAAGUAGUUCUCUAGUAAUCUAAAUGGUGAAAACUUUGCUACUUGCUAACUUUGUUGUGGCCGAAUGUAUGUACGUUUAACAUGGUUCCCCUAGUGGUCGGGUUCACAGUAAGAUCUGCAUAAAGAAAACGAAAUCCUUUGAACCAAAGCAUCAAGAAAACAAAAACCGAUUAGCUCAUUCUUGUA